CAAGCAAACAUUCUCAGCAAGCAGGGAAAUGCCGACAUUGUUUUGGCCUCCAAUAGUGACAGCCAAAAUUAUCUAACAGUUGGCGCUGACGACAACAACCCAAUAUCGAAUCGUGGAACGACGUUAUAUGAUCUAUUGGCAUCAGAUACUAGAUUUAGUAUUCUGGUCGGGCUCAUCGAUGAUGACGAUGAACUUAAAGAGACACUGGCUGACAAAAACGCAGCUGUAGGUUUACAUUUAAAACGAG